AAAAAAAAGGAAAACACAUUCUGUCUUUUUUAACACUGGGCGCUAGUCUUCAAGAGCACCUGGCUGCAGACCCUUCUCCAAUUUUGCGGGAAUCCAUUAAGCUGUUGAAAAUACGUCACUCUACCACUUCCUAGAUUUCAGAGCACGCGCUCCUAAGCCUCAAUAUACUUCCGCAACAUGAAGGAUAAAGUCCAUAUGGAGAUAUUUUCGUUGCUUCUCUUCUGUUCGGGUUUAUUUGCGGUGAAACACUCACUGAAGAAUUUGGUCACCGGAUCCUAUGGCAUUCCAAUCAUCCCAGAUUUUGUGGGUGUACUAAUGGUUGAUGGGAUCCAGACUGGUUACUGUGACAGCAGCAGCAAGACAUUACAACCACAGCAGGACUGGGCGAAGAAACUAUUAGAAAACAACACUCAGCAGCGGGACUGGUACAACAAGAAGUGUUUUGAGGAUCAACCAAAACUUUUCAAAGACACGAUUUUUAGCUUGAAGCAGCAGUUCAACCAAGCUGUGCACAUUUUACAGAUGAUAGAAGGCUGUGAAUGGGAUGAAAACACUGGAGAAGUGACUGGUGUGUUACUGUAUGGUUAUAACGGAGAAGCCUUUAUGGAUUUUGAUCUGAAGACACUGACAUGGAUCGCACUGAAACCAGAGGCUGUCAUUACCAAACAGAAAUGGGAUACUGAUCGACUCAGAAUAAAACACAAAGAAAAUGACCUCACAAACAUUUGUCCAGCGUAUCUGAAGAUGUAUGUGGACCAUAAGAAAGGUUUCUCACAGAAAAAAGUUCUUCCAUCAGUGUUUCUCCUCCAGAAGACUCCCUCCUCUCCAGUCAGCUGUCACGCUACAGGUUUCUAUCCUGGCAGAGCCGUGAUGUCCUGGAGGAAAGAUGGAGAGGAGCUGCAUGAAGGUGUGGCUCUGGGAGAGAUCCUCCCCAACAAUGAUGAGACCUUCCAGAUGUGUGUUGAUCUGAAUGUUUCAUCAGUCACAACAGAAGACUGGAGCAGGUACGACUGUGUGUUUCAGCUCUCUGACGGCGAUGACAUCAUCACCAAACUGGAUAAAAAAGUGAUCAGAACCAACUGUGGAAAAAUAAUACCUGUCAUAGAGAAUCCCUCUGACAGGAUGAUCUCCAUCAUUGCUGCAGUGGUUGUUCCAGUUCUUCUCAUCCUUUUUGCUGUUGUUGGAUUUGCUGUUUACAAGAAGAGGAAAGGCAGAAACUCAAGUUCACCUUUGCCUGGCAACACUGCUGAACUGUUGGAGAAACUGAAACAAGAUCCACACAUACAAACACUGGACCCGGAAAACAGUGUUCAAAUCUUCAGUUAAACGAACACAUAGAAGAAGAAUAGUUUGUUUAUGUGAACUUUACUUUUUGUGGAAAACCGUUUUUCUCUUUUUGUUUUUUAAUCCAAAGGAUUGUUCAGUCAUUCAAGUCAAACAGUUUUCAUGUUUCACUAUAUUUUAACUGUUCUGUCUAUAAAUAAUUUACUUGCACCAUUUUGGUUAUUCAUUUAUUCAGCAGAGACGGUCAAUAACGUAACCACCUCCUUCAUCACGUUGGUUUCUUUCAUUAUAUUUUCAUGACUGGAGACCUGGCUUAUAAUAACAGCAACAAUAAAAAGUAAUAAAGGUAAAAUAUUUACAUUUCAUUUUUUUAAUUUUUUUUUUCUUUCAACUCUGCUAUUUAUUAGAAAUUUUAAAGUUGAAACUGUUUUCUUCAUGGAGUUAUAUUCUCAGUUAAAUAAUUCCUUUUUAAUGGUAUUACAAACAUUGCAAGAGGUGCUAUGUGUCUAUUUCUUUAUGAAUCACACACACACACACUGCUGUUUUCUGUUGACCAUUGUUUAGUUUAAACAAUGCUGAGAAUUGUUGGGUUUUCUAACAUAAAGAGACACUGAGGUCCAUCCACUGUCCAUCAGAGAAACAUGCUUUUGAAAAUAAAAAACACUGACAUGGAAUAGCUAUGUUUGACAGUGUGAAGAUCAAACUGGAUAACAUCUACUCAUAGAUAAUGAGUGUAAAAUUCAUGUUACAUGGAACAUCAUCAAGAUAUGACAAUGAUAACAGAGGCCAGUAGGUGUCACUGUAGAGUCAGGUGUCAGAUUGCAUCAAAACCUCAAAACAAUUCUGGCAGUUGUUGAAAGUUUUCUUAAAAACUCUGAAAACUGAUAAAUAUUUGAAAAUACAUUUCAAAGUAACUGAGAAACAUGUAUGCUCAGGCAGAAUCUGUGACAUGUCAGUGGCAAAUAAAAAGUUAACAACACAAUUAACACUUAUUAAUGAAUUCCUGGAACUGGCACAGUUUGUCACAAGAAACUCAUUGAGGCUGCAUAACAGACCUUCAUAAUUCAGUUAUGGAACUAUUUAUUUAAAAAAAAAUAAGUACACAUUUUUGCAUUUACUUGUUGAUUUCUUUUUUAUUUUCCUUUUGUAAAUGAAUUUGUAUUUCUUAAAAAAAGAGACUGUGGGAGAGAGAAAUUUGACAGGUUUCUGUAAAACAAAACAUGUAAAAAGAUUUAACACUUGAUUUGGUGCAUAAAGUUUGCUACUUUGUCAA